AACGUUCGGUUCCCCGCCCCGACCGACCAACCGAAUUGCCCCGCAUCCCUCGGCUGGCAGCGAGACCGAAGCUGUCCAACCAGCCCCUGCCUGCGUCAUCCCCAGCGCAGUGCAGCGUAUCGCAUCGCAUCGCAUCGCGCCUCCGUCGCGACACUUGCGGCCACGAGCUCGUCCGCUCGCCCGCACGCCGCAAUGAGCCCCCAACCCCCAAACCCGACCGCACCUGCGUCUACGCCUGCGUCUACCGCUGCGUCUUCGCAGGCCACCCCUCCCGAGCCGUUCCCGUCUGGCGCCACGCUGGUGCCGUACAACUUCCCGACGCAAAAGCUCAAGCUUCGGCAAACCCAGCAGGACAAGACACCUCUGGUCCUGGUUGCUUGCGGCUCCUUCUCCCCCAUUACCUACCUCCACCUGCGCAUGUUCGAGAUGGCCUCGGACUUUGUUCGGUUUAACACGGAAUUCGAAGUGUGCGGUGGAUAUCUCUCGCCGGUCAGCGAUGCGUACAAAAAGGUCGGACUUGCGCCCGGCCACCACCGAGUCAACAUGUGCUCCAGAGCCGUCGACCAGUCGUCUUGGCUCAUGGUCGAUCCGUUCGAGACGGUGAAGGCGAACCAAGACGGCGAGCCCGAGUACGUGCCAACCGCCAAGGUGCUCCGGCACUUCGACUACGAGAUCAAUACGGUGCUUGGCGGUAUCGAGGCGCCGGACGGGACCAGGAAGAAGGCCAGGAUUGCUCUUCUCGCAGGUGCUGAUCUGGUCAUGUCAAUGGGGGAACCUGGGCUCUGGUCACCAGCGGAUUUGCAAGUGAUAUUGGGCUCAUUCGGUGCCUUUAUUAUCGAACGGUCGGGAACCGACAUUGACGAAGCUCUGGGGUCGCUCAGUCAAUACGAGAGCAACAUCUGGGUCAUCAGCCAAGUCAUACAAAAUGAUAUUAGCUCCACCAAAGUCCGGCUCUUCCUGAAGAAAGAUCUCAGUGUCCGCUACUUAAUUCCAGACCCGGUCGUAGAGUACAUCGAGGAGAACCACCUGUUCCACAACGAGCCAAACAAGGGAGGGAGAAUGUCGCCAGCGGCUGAUGCGAAUCCCGGGCCCUCGGCUUCGUAGCUAACCAAACGCUGAACGUCCUUUUUCUUGCCUUUUACGAACUCGGCAUCUCUUGUCAGCCACGGCCUGUUUACGAGAAGAGGAUUACACGCGCGAACGACAACCGGACAUGGGCUGAGAGGCGAGUGCGCACAGCCAGCAUGGAAUCUGCAUAAUAGCGACGGCCAUAUAAAUCCUUUCUUCUUCUGUUGUCACUAUUUUUUCUGCUUUUCAUCGCUACACGAUUAGAAGGCGGCAAGCGGAUAUUCUAGCUUUUUUGCCCUUUCAGACCGAGGUUUGGCGUUUUGAUUGGGGGGGAGGGGGUUCGGUUU